UCAUUUUCAUCUCCUUCCCUCUUUGUUUUUUAUAAUUUUCCUUUUUUCUUCCUGGUGUUGUCUGAUUCUGCAGAAUUCUUUUCUCUGCAGACAAAAACCUCACCGAAGAAGAAAAGAUUUAGAAAUAAAGAAAUCCCAAUCGGACGAAAAACCCUUGCUUUCUUCAGAUAGACGAACGGACAGGGCGUCGAGCUUUGCAUCCAUUUUCGAUGGAGUCGAGACCUCCGCAGCGGCGGAGGCAUUCCGCGGCGGCGACGGAUGGGCUUUCCUUCGCCGGAAAGAACCCUUACGACGACGUUUUGAUUUCCCUAGGUGGGAGACGGCGGGAGCUGGAAACUCACGACUACACCGAGAUUUUCGCCGGGUCUCCGACCUCCAUUCCGGUGCUUGAUCUUCCGGGCACGGGUGGGUGGGUCGGGUCGGGCUAUGACCGCCUCUCGGACCUUGAUUACUCCAACAUUUUUGGUGCCUUCAGAAACGAUGAUUUGGCGGUCCCUUACGAGGAGCUGUUGAGUACUUCUGUCAAGAGAGCUAAACCUCGGUCCCCUGCGGAUUCUCAGCCACCGUUGCGCCAGCCAGGUACUUCACAUUCUUCAGGAAACACUAGAAAGUCGCCUGAAAAGGCAUCCGAUCAAUCAGCGGAUGGAGUGAAGCAACAGUUUAAUGUAUCUUUUAACAAAAGUAAUCAAUGGGAUACCGAAGCAUCGAAUAUGAAGACACACGUCGCCCAGCUCCAUUCAGUUCCAGGGUAUACGUACGUUGUUAAUGAAACUCCUUGUCACCAUAAGAAUGAAGAUCGCAAGCCGGUGCCUCCAUUGAAGCGUGACGUCAGUCGCACAUGGAGUUUCAGUGCAGAAGUCGAAGAUAUCAAAGGUAAGCGUGGAGUGAAUGUCGAGAAGUCUCGCCUGCCUGAUGUUCUACACAAUAAUAAUGAAGCUAAUGCCAAAACAAAACUGCCGUCGUCUUCGAACCAUGCGCCAAAUCCGACCAGUGGCAAUGAUUCCAAACGCGCCCGGGCAGAUGCUUCUAAGAAGAUUCCUGCCGAGUAUUCCCCGCCUCUGCUUGACGAGGAAUUUGAUGGAAAUUCUGAUGCAGCUGCAUCUGCUGCGGCCUUGAAGAAAGCCAUAGAGCAGGCGCAAGAAAGCAUACGAUUGGCUAAACUGAUAAUGGAAAGGAAGAAAGCCGGUCACAAAGACACAUCUAAGACAAGAUCGCGUGGUAGUCGCCUUAAAGAUUUGGAUAAGGAAACUAAGAUUGAUCGUGAGGUUUAUGGCUCGAAAGAGAACAUUUAUGGGAAGGAGAAUGAAGAUUUAGAUGCUAACUUUACAGGGGCUGCUGGAAAAUGCAGUCCAUCUGUUGGGGAAAAUGUUUCAUCUCCUGAUACUGGUAAAUCUGAAGGGAAUGCUGAAGCAGCCGAAGAACGUGGAGAAGAGCUUGCUCGGGGAGGUAUGUUGUUUACAUUUGGUUCCAGUCAGAGCGAUAGUCGGACUGCAAUUCUGGAGUCAGGCAGUGAAGAUGUUUCGAAGCUCUCUCUGGAUAAAGUUUCCCCUGAACUUCCGGGGAUGGAAAAUGGCGAAGAGACCUCAGAACAAACAGACAUGGUUUUUAAUCGUGCUGGACCUAAAGUUCUUGAGGAAUUUGCAGAAAGUGAUGUGAAUACAUCGCCAAGGAUGCAAGAUCUGGACAAAAUUGUGGAGGAGCCGGGGCUGGAGACGCAUCAGGCUACUUUUAAUCAUUCGAAAGUACCUGAAGUUAGUGUUGAGCCUUUGGCGAGGGCGGUUGAUACUUCUCGAGGAGCUCUGGAGCAGGAAAUGGUGGUAGAAGAAGAUGAUGUCCAAAGGCAUGAGAACUUGUCUGAAGAACAUGUUGGAGUCUCGACCACACUGGAUGAGUCAGCAUUCGAUGCUUUUCUGUAUCAAUCGUGUAAUAUGAUGGAUAAUGGACAAGAUAACAUUGGAGCAAAUGAUGUUGGAGCGAAUGAAAUGAGAUGGAAAGAGGAGGCGCAGUUAUCUCUGGAAAGGAAAGAGCAUCUGGGGAAGGCAUUGGAGGAUGAAGUCGAUGCAAUGGAGGUGAGUAUAAAUACGGAUAUAGCUUUCGACCCAGAAAUUGACGAGAAACAGGACUGUUCUUGUGAUGGAGACGAGCGAGAAAUAGUAGUUGGGAAAGCUGAACAGGAUGGAUUUGUAGAGAGACAUGAGGAUACUUCCCAGAGUAAAGCAACCGAGAGUCGAUUUAUGGAGGCAAGUGUUUCGGUGAAAAAUGAUUUAUUUUGGGAUGUGCUGGAAGCUAAUCGCGCUCUUGAAGAAGCUGUUAGAAGUGAAGAAGCUUGCGACGGGAAGGGACACGCCAGUACUUCUGAGCAUGAAGCAGACGAGAGACCAGCGGAGACAGACUAUGUUUAUGAAGUUAAAAAGAAUGAAUCAUUUUGGGAUGUCGAUGAAACAAAUCAUAUUCGUAGAUAUCGUAAUGAGGAGACGUCCGAGAAUGCUUCUGAGCAGGUGGAGGCAGACAGUUUCGCCGAAGGUCAGAAGAGUGACACAUUUUGGUAUGUGGAUGGGACGAAGAUCCCUCUGAACGUAGCCGGGAGAAGUGAAGAUCGCCACGAGGAAACACCUAAGGGUACUUUUGAACAUGGAGCGGACGAGAGCGCAGGAAUGGAGGCAAGCAAGUUUGCCGAGGUUCAGGAGAAUGAACCAAUAUGGGAUAUCGAAGAAACAAGAGCAACAGAAAGAACUGAAGAACAUAGAGAUGUUUUCGAUCUUCAGGAGCCUGCUUAUGAAGAGCAUACUGAUGCGACUCGAGAAGCCUCUGAGGUUGACUUCGACCAAGCCUCGGAACAAUUUCAGAGAACGGUGAAUGACGAUCCACAAAACGAUAAGAACGUCGAGGCCGAACAAUUUUCCCAUCUGGAGGAGAAUGCAAUGCUGGGACAGGACAGCUUGCGACAAAGUAGUGGCGAUGAGGGAGACUUCGUUGAAAUCGGACAGAAAAAUGCAUCUGAAGAAGGUUUCAAGACCGAAACUGUUGGGAUCGAAGAAAGUUCUCCUGAAGAUGCGCAUCCGUCCAAGGCAGACAGUGACAACAAUUUAUCUGAUGAGAUUUCCUCCGACAGUAGAGAUGAAGAAAUUGAGCUCACCGACGAAAGACCAGUGUCAGAACAAACUUCCGAGAGUGAUGAAGGAUCUGCAUCAGCUCAUAGCCCUGAAAAUGCAGAGCGUGCAGAAAUAGUGAAGGACGAUGGUUCGUGCAAGGAAGAAACAGUGCACGAACCCGAGGUUUCAAACGAAAGAAUAUUCGCCGAGGAAGAAAGUGAAAGGUUGUCCUCUCAGUUACCAACCAAGCCCGAAGAAUCAAACAAGGCCGUCGAAGCUAAAGGGCAAGAAGCAGCUGAAGAUGUGCAGCAAAGAAUCGAGGCCAUCAAGAGGGCAAGAGAGCGGGAAAGGGAAAGAUUGGCCGUAGAAAGAGCCAUCCGGGAAGCUCGUGAAAGAGCGUUUGCCGAAGCUCGAGAAAGGGCCGAAAAAGCUGCUGCAGAGAAAGCCGAAGCUCAACAACGGCUCAUGACGGGAGCUCAGGAGAAGCUCAGGGCAGAGCGCGCCGCAGUAGAAAGGGCCACCGCAGAAGCUCGUGGACGUGCUUUGGAGAAGGUAAUGUCUCAAAAGACACCUACGAAGCCGAGAGCAGUGGCUGACAGAAAUAAUGGAGCGAAGCCCGGUGUUUCUUCCACGGACUUGGAGAGUACAGCUGGUGCAGAAUCGGCGCAGAGACGGAAGGCGAGAUUGGAGAGGCACCAGAGGAUUAUGGAGCGAGCGGCAAAAGCCUUGGCUGAGAAGAACAAGCGCGAUCUCCUUGCCCAAAAAGAGCAGGUGGAGAGAAAUCGACUGUCGGAAUCUCUCGACGCUGACAUUAAGAGAUGGGCUGCAGGGAAGGAGGGAAACUUGCGCGCGCUUCUCUCGACUUUGCAAUAUAUCCUUGGGCGAGACAGCGGUUGGCAGCCUAUUCCCCUUACAGAGAUGCUAACGCCUGCUGCUGUCAAGAAAGCCUACAGGAAGGCGACGCUGUAUGUACAUCCCGACAAGCUGCAGCAACGGGGAGCCAGCAUUCGGCAGAAGUACAUAUGCGAGAAGGUCUUCGAUCUCCUUAAGGCUGCAUGGAACAAGUUCAACUUCGAGGAUCAGCGCUGAAUAGCGAUGUAGCAGCAGCGGCAGCGGCAGUCGGAGUUUCGAGCUCGAGAUUUGUUUAUUUAUUUAUUUAUUUUUGGUUAUUUGGCUUGGACGGAAGAUCAGUUUGUGUAAGAGGGGGAGCGGGAGGGGAAGUAGCCGUUGGUUUUUUGGGAGGGACUAAGGAUUGGUUUUUGUUCUUAAAAAUUCAAUUUUCGCACAUUGUUAGUAACAUGUUCUUCAACCUUUGAACAGUAUUAGUACUAAUCUGAAAAUGCAAUUUGCAAUAGCUGAGAAAUAAAUUCAAUU